AUGUUUUUAAGAAUUGCUACGACUUUCUUUAGACAACCUUAGUUGAAGAAUCAAUUAAGGAGGUCCUUGACGCAGGCUCCCAUGUUAUCGAUAUUAAGAAAUCACAAUUUAUUCAUUCAAAAUCUGUCCUAUCUGCAAAGUUAGUUUUACCAGAUGGAGGAGAGCAACGACGAAUUGGAGUUACUGUAAAUGAAAUUCAAUUUAUAAAAGACAGGAAGAAGUUCCAGUAGGCAGAAUGCAGUGAGACGACUCUCUAACACCCAUCAACAUUGUGAUAAUAUUAAUAUACCAAUAAUCAUUCAUUAUAAUGUGC